UUGAAGGGGAAAUGGAACAUCGGGUUCCCUCCGCAGCUGCUGUGCUUCGGGAAAGCAACCUGUUUGAGAUGGCAGGUCGGAUGAUAGGCCUUUCCUUCCUGCAUGGUGGUUUUGGUUUCUCAGGACUAAGUGUGCCUGUAGUGACUCUGUUGACUGGUGGGAGCACGGAUACUGCAGCAUCAGCGCUUACCCUGCUGGACUGUCCUGAUCUUGACCACCGUGAAACAAUUGGUUUUCUCAAGAAUACACAACUUACUGCUCAAGAAACCACCAGUGUGACUGAUCUUUGCCUGUCCUGGGACCUCCCUGUUCCAACCUCCACCAAUCAUGACUGGCUGUUCCAGGAACUUCUUUCCCAUGCAGUACUUCACCGUGUUAGGCAGCCUAUCAAACAGAUUCGCAAAGGCCUUAAAGAAACGGGAAUCUGGCCGCUUGUUUCAAAUAGGCCAGAUGUCCACCCCAUAUUAUUUCCAAGAGAGAAAAAUGAUGAGCUGAACUCACAGACUGUGAUCCAGAACAUCCACUGGCCACAGCCCAAAAGUGACAGCGAUGAGGACGAGGACGACGCCGUUCCAUUGGAGAAACAUCUCCGAAGGUGCUGCGUGACCUCUUGAAGUUCUGGGUCGGGUGGGAGCUGCUCACAACAAACCUUGAAGUUGAGGUUGUUACUUCAAAAUACCCAGUGGCUCUCACCUGCUUCCUAAAAUUGAAGCUCCCAAGCCACUACCAAACCUAUGAAAAGUUCCACCAGGACUUGAUGAUGGCCCUCAGUUCCAUCAGUUCAGGCUUUGGGCUUGUGUAGCUACACACUGACUCAGUUUGUUUUGUAUUUUUCUGGAGAAGGGUUUGCCUCUCUAUUCAAUACACUGUGUGAGAUACAGGGUUACAGUUGGUACACCUACCGUCUUUUAUAAAUAAAGGACAUUUGGAAAAAGA